CGUUAUUAUUGUUCCGCUGCAAACUUUGUCAAUCGUUUGUAUGUAUUUUCCUGUUGGCGCUAUCUUGAAUAUUGAUCUGAUGAAACAGGAAAGCAUAACCCAGACAGAAUACUGGAUUGAUUAUGCGUAUUUGGAUUAUUAAAGAAAUGAAAUCAAGAUAACCUGUAGCUAUAGCUAGCUUACACAUUAUUUAUCUUGAAUGCAGAGGAGUUGCUAGCUAGUAGCGAACUGCUCUACUAGUAGCUAACUAAGUCAGACUUCUAUGUUGGAGACCCUUGACUAUUGAGUGUGUCUAGCUAGCCUUAUUGACUUACUAAUCAUCUGGUUGACUUGACGUCAGAAUCGCGAGUGUGUGUUAUAUAAAGUUGUAACGUUAGAGAUGUCGGAGAGGAGGAGGGACAGCCGUAGCUGGGACUGGGACAGCCCUCAGUGCCGAGCUCAGAUGGAUCAGAUUUUCUUCCGCCAGCAUGACUACAUCCAGAACGGAACCACGGAACACAAAGAGUUCUGGGGCUUCUUCGACCGCUUCCAGAGGUUCAAAACCAGGAAGGACAUGUCAGGGGGCAGCACGAAGGAAGACAUGGAGGAGGGCAGAGACAGGAAGAAGACUGUAGAUCUGGGUCUGCCUAAGGAAUAUGACGCCCGCUAUCGGAUCAACGUGUCCGUUUGUACCAAAGACGCAGAGGAGAGGCUGGAGACGGGGAGGUCUGAUCAGAGACACAGCCACAGACAGAGCUCCUCCGGCCCAGGGAGUCAGGUGGUCGCUGACUGUCGCCUGGCGUUGCUGCACUUCCUGGACUUCAGCCAAAGGCAGAGCUUUGGGAAGCUGGUCAAGCUGAGGACGGAGCAGAAAGCCCUUCCUAUCUUCCAGUACCGGGACCGGAUCGUGGAGUUGGUGCGGGCCAACCCGGUAGUAGUGGUGGCGGGGGAUACAGGCUGUGGGAAGUCCACCCAGGUCCCCCAGUACCUCCUCUCCUCUGGGUUCAGUCACAUAGCCUGCACUCAGCCUCGACGGAUCGCCUGUAUCUCCCUCGCCAAGAGGGUCAGCUUCGAGAGUCUCAACCAGUACGGCUCCAAGGUAGGUGGCAGUGCAGCUAGAACUUGUUUAUUUACAGUCUUGAAAAAUAGUUUUUGGGGAAUCACGCUUGGACAGGGAUAUCAAACAAAUGUCAUUAUUUUCAAACAAUAAUACGUGUUCUAUUUCUCUGAAAUAGAUGAUUUUGUCACAAUCUUGUACACUUUACACAAAGUCCAAAAACCAACACCCAGACAUUUAGCAGACCUACAAGCAGAUGAACCCAAACUGACACACAGCUGUGUUUUAUCUGCAGGUUGGGUACCAGAUCCGUUUUGAGGGGACCCGUACCCCGUCCACCAAGCUGUUGUUCCUGACAGAGGGGUUACUACUGAGACAGAUCCAGGCUGACCCGGCCCUGGAGCAGUACCAGGUAAUAGAAUAUAUAGUACCAGUCAAAAGUUUGGACACACCUACUAAUUCAAGGGUUUUUCUUUAUUUUUACUAUUUUCUACAUUGUAGAAUAAUAGUGAAGACAUCAAAACUAUGAAAUAACACAUAUGGAAUCAUGUAGUAACCAAAAAAAGUGUUAAACAAAUCUAAAUCUAUUUUAUAUUUGAGAUUCUUCAAAGUAGCCACUGCACUUAGCUUUGCACACUCUUGGCAUUCUCUCAACCAGCUUCAUGAGGUAGUCACCUGGACUGCAUUUCAAUUAACAGGUGUGCCUUCUUAAAAGUUAAGUUGUGUAAUAUAAUAUAUACUAGGUAAUAUAAUAUAUGCCAGAUAAAUAUAAUAUAUACCAGGUAAUAUAAUAUAUAAUGUAAUAUAUAGCAUGUAAUAUAAUAUAUAAUAAAUACCAGGAAAUAUAAUAUACAGCGCCUUCGGAAAGUAUUCAGAUCCCUUGAUUCUUUACACAUUUUGUUACGUUACAGCCUUAUUCUAAAAUGUAAAUUUAAAAAUCCCUCAUUAAUCUACACACAAUACCCCAUAAUGACAAAGUGAAAACAAAGGUCCCACAAUUGACAAUGCAUGUCAGAGCAAAAACACUCCUCAGUAAAAGGCACAUGAAAUCCCACUUGGAGUUUGCCAAAAGGCCCCUAAAGACUCUCAGACCAUGAGAAACAAGAUUGUCUGCUCUGAUGAAACCAAGAUUGAACUCUUUGACCUGAAUGCCAAGCGUCACAUCUGGAGGAAGCCUGGCACCAUCCCUAAGGUGAAGCAAUUUUUUUUAUAAAUUUGCAAACAAUUCUAAAAACCUGUUUUUGCUUUGUCAUUAUGGGGUAUUGUGUAUAGAUUGCUGAUUUUUUUUUUUUUUUAAAUAAAUGUUAAAAUAAGGCUGUAACGUAACAAAAUGUGGAAAAACUAUUUCCAAAUGCACUGUAUAUGCAAGGUAAUAUAAUAUAUACCAGGAAAUAUAAUAUAUAGCAGGUAAAUAUAAUAUAAUAUAUACCAGGGAUUGUAAUAUAUAAUAUAAUAUAUAGCAGGUAAAUAUAAUAUAUACCAGGUAAUACUGUAUAACAUAUAAUAUAUACCAGGUAAUAUAAUAUAUACCAGGUAAUUCAGUAUAACAUAUAAUAUAAUAUAUACCAGGUAAUAUAAUAUAUACCAGGUAAUACUGUAUAAUAUAAUAUAUACCAGGUAAUACUGUAUAACAUAUAAUAUAUACCAGGUAAUAUAAUAUAUACCAGGUAAUACUGUAUAACAUAUAAUAUAUACCAGGUAAUAUAAUAUAUACCAGGUAUUGUAAUAUAUAAUAUAUACCAGGUAAUAUAAUAUAUACCAGGUAUUGUAAUAUAUAAUAUAAUAUAUAUCAGGUAAAUAUAAUAUAUACCAGGUAUUGUAAUAUAUAAUAUAUAUCAGGUAAAUAUAAUAUAUACCAGGUAUUGUAAUAUAUAAUAUAAUAUAUACCAGGUAUUGUAAUAUAUAAUAUAAUAUAUAGCAGGUAAAUAUAAUUGAUUUACACUGAGUGUACAAAACAUUAACAUUACACUGAUUUGAAGUGGAUUUAACAAGUGACAUCAAUAAGGGAUCAUAGCCUUCACCUGGAUUCACCUGGUCAGUCUAUGUCAUGGAAAGAGCAGGUGUUCUUAAUUUUUUUGUCCACCCAGUGUGUUACUAAAACCAACUAGCCCCGAAGCAGUACCAGGUAAUAUAACAUAUUAUAAACCAGGUCGUUUGGGUCCUGGAUGCUGAUUGGCUGAAACAGCAUUUCAGUCGUGUGUACAGUACCAGUCAAAAGUUUGGACACACCUACUCAUUCAAUGGUUUUUCUUUAUUUGUAAAAAAUGUUUACAUUGUAGAAUAAUAGUGAAGACAUCAAAACUAUGAAAUAACACAUAUGGAGUCAUGUAGUAACCAAAAAAGUGUUAAAACAAAUCAAAAUAUAUUUUAUAUGUGAGAUUCUUAAAAUAGCCACCCUUUGCCUUGAUGACAGAUUUGUCCCAAUUGUGCCCAUAGCGCAGGGUUCUUCAAUUCUGGUCCUGGAGGGCCGAAACACUUCUGUUUUUUAUUUCUACCUGGUAGUUAAUUGCACUCACCUGGUGUCCCAGGUCUGAAUUAGCCCCUGAUUAGAAGGAGAGGAUGAAAAACAGAGGUGUUUCGGCCCUCCAGGACCGGAAUUGAAGAACCCUGCCAUAGCGGCUCUGGUCAAAAGUAGUGCACUAUAUAGGGAAUAUGGUGCCAUUCUCUGGUCUAAAGUAGUGCACUAUAUAGGGAAUAGGGUGCUAUUCUCUGGUCUAAAGUAGUGCACUAUAUAGGGAAUAGGGUGCCAUUCUCUGGUCUAAAGUAGUGCACUAUAUAGGGAAUAGGGUGCCAUUCUCUGGUCUAAAGUAGUGCACUAUAUAGGGAAUAGGGUGCCAUUCUCUGGUCUAAAGUAGUGCACUAUAUAGGGAAUAGGGUGCCAUUCUCUGGUCUAAAGUAGUGCACUAUAUAGGGAAUAGGGUGCCAUUCUCUGGUCUAAAGUAGUGCACUAUAUAGGGAAUAGGGUGCCAUUCUCUGGUCUAAAGUAGUGCACUAUAUAGGGAAUAGGGUGCCAUUCUCUGGUCUAAAGUAGUGCACUAUAUAGGGAAUAGGGUUCCAUUCUCUGGUCUAAAGUAGUGCACUAUGUAGGGAAUAGGGUGCCAUUCUCUGGUCUAAAGUAGUGCACUAUAUAGGGAAUAGGGUGCCAUUCUCUGGUCUAAAGUAGUGCACUAUAUAGGGAAUAGGGUGCCAUUCUCUGGUCUAAAGUAGUGCACUAUGUAGGGAAUAGGGUGCCAUUCUCUGGUCUAAAGUAGUGCACUAUAUAGGGAAUAGGGUGCCAUUCUCUGGUCUAAAGUAGUGCACUAUAUAGGGAAUAGGGUGCCAUUCUCUGGUCUAAAAGUAGUGCACUAUAUAGGGAAUAGGGUGCUAUUCUCUGGUCUAAAGUAGUGCACUAUAGAGGGAAUAGGGUGCCAUUCUCUGGUCUAAAGUAGUGCACUAUAUAGGGAAUAGGGUGCCAUUCUCUGGUCUAAAGUAGUGCUCUAUAUAGGGAAUAGGGUGCCAUUCUCUGGUCUAAAGUAGUGCUCUAUAUAGGGAAUAGGGUGCCAUUUGGGACGCAUCCUAGCCGUUCCGUAACCUGUCUGUGUGUGGAUCUACCUCCCUCCCUCCCUGUUGCACCCAGGUUUUGAUUGUUGACGAGGUGCAUGAGAGACACCUCCACUGUGACUUCCUCCUGGGAGUACUGCGCUCCCUCCUGGCCGCCCGCCCCGACCUCCGCCUGGUCCUCAUGUCCGCCACCAUCAACAUCAAACUCUUCUCCAGCUACUUUAAUACUGCACCUGUGCUGCAGGUCCCGGGCAGGCUCUUCCCUAUACAGGUGAGAGGACAAACACAUUUUAAACCUCUCCUCCUGGAACCCCCUUCAGACAUGUUUUGUUGUUGCCCUGAACCAGCUCACCUGAUUGACCUAGUCAAGGGGCUUGAUGAUUAGUUGACAAGUGGAAUCAGGUGUGCUCUGGAAUAGUUCAAAUACAUGGAACGGCUUGGGGUUCCCAGGGAGAGGUUUGAAAACCUCUGGACUAGGCUAUGUCAUAGGUAUAGGAGUAGGCAGUACUUAAGAGAUAUUGUGUAAUGUCUAGCAAACUGCAGAUCCUAUCUGUGGUUACGAAUGCCCACCAUAAGCUUUAGUGACAGUCAAGAAAAGCACAAUCCUUGCAUUCAUAGCUCUGCCUUCCAUUCAUAGCUCUGCCUUCCAUUCAUAGCUCUGCCUUCCAUUCAUAGCUCUGCCUUCCAUUCAUAGCUCUGCCUUCCAUUCAUAGCUCUGCCUAUGAAUUCUAAAGUGGUUAGGCCUACAUUUCUCUAGUCCUAUUUUUCAUUCUGCCAAACAAAGUGGCAGGGUCAGGCUGUUGAAAUUAAAGAUUGGGCCUUUCAGUGACAGCUGUUGUUUAAUAAAUAGUAAUGAUUGGGCCUUUCAGUGACAGCUGUUGUUUAAUACACUGCUCAAAAAAAUAAAGGGAACACUUAAACAACACAAUGUAACUCCAAGUCAAUCACACUUCUGUGAAAUCAAACUGUCCACUUAGGAAGCAACACUGAUUGACAAAUGUCACAUGCUGUUGUGCAAAUGGAAGAGACAACAGGUGGAAAUUAUAGGCAAUUAGCAAGACACCCCCAAUAAAGGACUGGUUUUGCAGGUGGUGACCACAGACCACUUCUCAGUUCCUAUGCUUCCUGGCUGAUGUUUUGGUCACUUUUGAAUGCUGGCGGUGCUUUCACUCUAGUGGUAGCAUGAGACAGAGUCUACAACCCACACAAGUGACUCAGGUAGUGCAGCUCAUCCAGGAUGGCACAUCAAUGCGAGCUGUGGCAAGAAGGUUUGCUGUGUCUGUCAGCGUAGUGUCCAGAGCAUGGAUGCGCUACCAGGAGACAGGCCAGUACAUCAGGAGACGUGGAGGAGGCCGUAGGAGGGCAAUAACCCAGCAGCAGGACUGCUACCUCCGCCUUUGUGCAAGAAGGAGUAGGAGGAGCACUGCCAGAGCCCUGCAAAAUGACCUCCAGCAGGCCACAAAUGUGCAUGUGUCUGCUCAAAUGGUCAGAAACAGACUCCAUGAGGGUGGUAUGAGGGCCCGACGUCCACAGGUGGGGGUUGUGCUUACAGCCCAACACCGUGCAGGACGUUUGGCAUUUGCCAGAGAACACCAAGAUUGGCAAAUUCGCCACUGGCGCCCUGUGCUCUUCACAGAUGAAAGCAGGUUCACACUGAGCACAUGUGACAGACGUGACAGAGUCUGGAGAUGCCGUGGAGAACGUUCUGCUGCCUGCAACAUCCUCCAGCAUGACCGGUUUGGCGGUGGGUCAGUCAUGGUGUGGGGUGGCAUUUCUUUGGGGGGCCGCACAGCCCUCCAUGUGCUCGCCAGAGGUAGCCUGACUGCCAUUAGGUACCGAGAUGAGAUCCUCAGACCCCUUGUGAGACCAUAUGCUGGUGCGGUUGGCCCUGGGUUCCUCUUAAUGCAAGACAAUGCUAGACCUCAUGUGGCUGGAGUGUGUCAGCAGUUCCUGCAAGAGGAAGGCAUUGAUGCUAUGGACUGGCCCGCCCGUUCCCCAGACCUGAAUCCAAUUGAGCACAUCUGGGACAUCAUGUCUCGCUCCAUCCACCAACGCCACGUUGCACCACAGACUGUCCAGGAGUUGGCGGAUGCUUUAGUCCAGGUCUGGGUGGAGAUCCCUCAAGAGACCAUCCGCCACCUCAUCAGGAACAUGCCCAGGCGUUGUAGGGAGGUCAUACAGGCACGUGGAGGCCACACACACUACUGAGCCUCAUUUUGACUUGUUUUAAGGACAUUACAUCAAAGUUGGAUCAGCCUGUAGUGUGGUCUUCCACUUUAAUUUUGAGGGUGACUCCAAAUCCAGACCUCCAUGGGUUGAUGAAUUUGAUUUCCAUUGAUAAUUUUUGUGUGAUUUUGUUGUCAGCACAUUCAACUAUGUAAAGAAAAAAGUAUUUAAUAAGAUUAUUUCAUUCAUUCAGAUCUAGGAUGUGUUAUUUUAGUGUUCCCUUUAUUUUUUUGAGCAGUGUAUAUAGUAAUGAUUGGGCCUUUCAGUGACAGCUGUUGUUUAAUAUAUAGUAAUGAUUGGGCCUUUCAGUGACAGCUGUUGUUUAAUAUACACUACCAGUCAAAAGUUUGGACGCACCUACUCAUUAAAGGGUUUUUCUUUAUUUUUACAAUUGUUUACAUUGUAAAAUAAUAGUGAAGACAUCAAAACUAUGAAUAACACAUUAUACUUGAGAUUCUUCAAAUAGCCACCCUUUGCCUUGAUGACAGCUUUGCACACUCUUGGCAUUCUCUCAACCAGCUUCAUGAGGUAGUCACCUGGAAUGCAUUUCAAUUAACAGGUGUGCCGCCUUAAAAGUUAAUUUGUGGAAUUUCUUUCUUUCUUAAUGUGUUUGAGCCAAUCAGUUGUGUUGUGACAAGGUGGGGGGGUAUAUAGAAGAUAGCCCUAUUUGGUAAAAUUCAAAGUCCAUAUUAUGGCAAGAACAGCUCAAAUAAGCAAAGAGAAUCGACAGUCCAUCAUUACUUUAAGACAUGAUGGACAGUCAAUACGGAACAUUUCUUCAAGUGCAGUCACAAAAUCCAUCAAGCGCUGUGAUGAAACUGGCUCUCAUGAGGACCGCGACAGGAAUAGAAGACCCAGAGUUACCUCUGCUGCAGAGGAUAAGUUCAUUAGAGUUACCAGCCUCAGAAAUUGUAGGCCAAAUAAAUGCUUCACAGAGUUCAAGUAACAGACACAUCUCAACAUCAACUGUUCAGAAGGGACUGUGUGAAUCAGGCCUUCAUGGUCGAAUUGCUGCAAAGAAACCACUACUAAAGGACACCAAUAAGAAGAAGAGACCUGCGUGGGCCAAGAAACACGAGCAAUGGACAUUAGACCGGUGGAAAUGUGUCCUUUGAUCUGAAGUCCAAAUUUGAGAUUUUUGGUUCAAACCACUGUGUCUUUGUGAGACGCGGUGUAGGUGAACGGAUGAUCUCCGCAUGUGUAGAUCCCACCGUAAAGCAUGGAGGAGGAGGUGUUAUGGUGUGGGGGUGCUUUGCUGGUGACACUGUCUGUAAUUUAUUUAGAAUUAAAUUCACAGUUAACCAGCAUGGCUACCACAGCAUUCUGCAGCGAUACGCCAUCCCAUCUGGUUUGGGCUUAGUGGGACUAUCAUUUGUUUUUCGACAGGACAAUGACUCAACACACCUCCAGGCUGUGUAAGGGCUAUUUGACCAAGAAGGAGAGUGAUGGAGUGCUGCAUCAGAUGAUCUGGCCUCCACAAUCCCCCGACCUCAACCCAAUUGAGAUGGUUUGGGAUGAGUCGGACGGCAGAGUGAAGGAAAAGCAGCCAACAAGUGCUCAGAAUAUGUGGGAACUCCUUCAAGACUGUUGGAAAAGCAUUCCAGGUGAAGCUGGUUGAGAGAAUGCCAAGAGUGUACAAAGCUGUCAUCAAGGCAAAGGGUGGCUAUUUGAAGAACCUCAAAUAUAAAAUAUUUUUUGAUUUGUUUAACACUUUUCUGGUUACUACAUGAUUCCAUAUGUGUUAUUUCAUAGUUUUGAUGUCUUCACUAUUAUUCUACAAUGUACAAAUAAAGAAAAACCCUUGAAUGAGUAGGUGUGUCCAAACUUUUGACUGGUACUGUGUAGUAAUGCCUCUUCUUAACCACUCUUACCUGUCUCUCCCAGUGAUGUCCAGGAACUCACUUUUCUUCUAUGGCUGAGUCCCACCCUAUUCCCUAUAUACAGUGAGGGAAAAAAGUAUUUGAUCCCCUGCUGAUUUUGUACGUUUACCUACUGACAAAGAAAUGAUCAGUCUGUAAUUUUAAUGGUAGGUUUAUUUGAACAGUGAGAGACAGAAUAACAACAACAAAAUCCAGAAAAACGCAUGUCAAAAAUGUUAUAAAUUGAUUUGCAUUUUAAUGAGGGAAAUAAGUAUUUGACCCCCUCUCAAUCAGAAAGAUUUCCUGCUCCCAGGUGUCUUUUAUACAGGUAACGAUCUGAGAUUAGGAGCACACUCUUAAAGGGAGUGCUCCUAAUCUCAGUUUGUUACCUGUAUAAAAGACACCUGUCCACAGAAGCAAUCAAUCAAUCAGAUUCCAAACUCUCCACCAUGGCCAAGACCAAAGAGCUCUCCAAGGAUGUCAGGGACAAGAUUGUAGACUUACACAAGGCUGGAAUGGGCUACAAGACCAUCGCCAAGCAGCUUGGUGAGAAGGUGACAACAGUUGGUGCGAUUAUUCACAAAGGGAAGAAACACAAAAUAACUGUCAAUCUCCCUCGGCCUGGGGCUCCAUGCAAGAUCUCACCUUGUGGAGUUGCAAUGAUCAUGAGAACGGUGAGGAAUCAGCCCAGAACUACACGGGAGGAUCUUGUCAAUGAUCUCAAGGCAGCUGGGACCAUGGUCACCAAGAAAACAAUUGUUAACACACUAUGCCGUGAAGGACUGAAAUCCUGCAGCGCCCACAAGGUCCCCCUGCUCAAGAAAGCACAUAUACAGGCCCGUCUGAAGUUUGCCAAUGAACAUCUGAAUGAUUCAGAGGAGAACUGGGUGAAAGUGUUGUGGUCAGAUGAGACCAAAAUGGAGCUCUUUGGCAUCAACUCAACUCGCCGUGUUUGGAGGAGGAGGAAUGCUGCCUAUGACCCCAAGAACACCAUUCCCACCGUCAAAGAUGGAGGUAGAAACAUUAUGCUUUGGGGGUGUUUUUCUGCUAAGGGGACAGGACAACUUCACUGCAUCAAAGGGACGAUGGACGGGGCCAUGUACCGUCAAAUCUUGGGUGAGAACUUCCUUCCCUCAGCCAGGGCAUUGAAAAUGGGUCGUGGAUGGGUAUUCCAGCAUGACAAUGACCCAAAACACACAGCCAAGGCAACAAAGGAGUGGCUCAAGAAGGAGCACAUUAAGGUCCUGGAGUGGCCUAGCCAGUCUCCAGACCUCAAUCCCUUAGAAAAUCUGUGGAGGGAGCUGAUGGUUCGAGUUGCCAAACGUCAGCCUCGAAACCUUAAUGACUUGGAGAAGAUCUGCAAAGAGAAGUGGGACAAAAUCCCUCCUGAGAUGUGUGCAAACCUGGUGGCCAACUACAAGAAACGUCUGACCUCUGUUAUUGCCAACAAGGGUUUUUCCACCAAGUACUAAGUCAUGUUUUGCAGAGGUGUCAAAUACUUAUUUCCCUCAUUAAAAUGCAAAUCAAUUUAUAAUAUUUUUGACAUGCGUUUUUCUGGAUUUUUUUGUUUUUAUUCUGUCUCUCACUGUUCAAAUAAACCUACCAUUAAAAUUAUAGACUGAUCAUGUCUUUGUCAGUGGGCAAACGUACAAAAUCAGCAGGGGAUCAAAUACCUUUUUCCCUCACUGUAGUGCACUACUUUUGACCAGAAGGAUUAUGGUGUCAUUUGGGAUGCAGACUAUAUCACCCUCCUGUCUCUGUUUGAUGUGUAGGUGAUCUACCAGCCCACCCCACCAGAGGAGCAGCCGUCCCGCUCUGAGAAGUUGGACCCCCGGCCAUACCUCCGGGUGCUGCAGGGCAUCGACCAGCGCUACCCGCCCGAGGAGAGGGGCGACCUGCUCCUGUUCCUCAGCGGCGUGGCAGAGAUAUCCACCAUCUUGGAGGCAUGCCAGGCCUACGCCACACACACCAAGCGCUGGAUCGUCCUGCCCCUCCACAGCACCCUGUCCCUGGUACAGCAGGAUAAGGUACAGUAACAGUACCCUAACACUGGCACGGCAGGAUAAGGUAACAGUACAGUAUAAUAAGGUACAGUAGGAUAAGGUCCAGUAACGGUAUCCUAACACUGGUACGGCAGGAUAAGGUACAGUGACAGUACAGUAGGAUAAGGUACAUUAAAAGUACAGUAAGAUAAGGUACAGUACCAGUACAGCAGGAUAAGGUACAGUAACAGUACCCUAACACUGGUACAGCAGGAUAAAUUACAGUAACAGUAUAGUAGGAUAAGGUACAACAGAAUACGGUACAAUAACAGUACAGCAGGAUAAGGUACAGUAACAGUACAGUAGGAUAAGGUACAGUACGAUUACAGCAGGAUAAGGUACAGUGACAGUACCCUAACACUGGUACAGUAGGAUAAGGUACAGCAACAGUACAGCAUAAGGUACAGUAACAGUAAAGUAGGAUAAGGUACAGUACCAGUACAGUAGGAUAAGGUAGAGUAACAGUACAGCAGGAUAAGGUACAGUAACAGUAUAGCAGGUUAAGAUACAGUAGCCGUACAGUAGGAUUAGCUACAGUAACAGUACAGCAGGAUAAGGUACAGUAACAGUACAGCAGGAUAAUGUUCAGUAACAGUACAGUAGGAUUAGGUACAGUAACAAUACCCUAACACUGGUACGGUAGAUUAAGGUACAGCAGAAUACGGUACAGUAACAGUACAGAAGGAUAAGGCACAGUAACAGUACAGCAGGAUAAGGUAUAGUAACAAGACAGCAGGAUAAGGUACAGUAACAGUACAGAAGGAUAAGACACAGUAACCGUACAGCAGGAUAAGGUAAAGUAACAGCAGGAUAAGGUAAAGUAACAGCAGGAUAAGGUACAGUAACAGUAUAGCAGGAUAAGGUACAGUAACAGUACAGCAGGAUAAGGCACUGUAACAGUACAGCGGGAUAAGGUACAGUAACAGCAGGAUAAGGUACAGUAACAGCAGGAUAAGGUACAGUAACAGCACAGCAGGAUAAGGUACAGUAACAGUACAGCAGGAGAAGGUACAGUAACAGUACAGCAGGAUAAGGUACAGUAACAGUACAGCAGGAGAAGGUACAGUAACAGUACAGCAGGAUAAGGUACAGUAAAGCACAGCAGGAUAAGGUACAGUAAAGCACAGCAGGAUAAGGUACAGUAAAGCACAGCAGGAUAAGGUAUAGCAACAGUACAGCAGGAUAAGGUACAGUAAAGCACAGCAGGAUAAGGUAUAGCAACAGUACAGCAGGAUAAGGUACAGUAAAGCACAGCAGGAUAACGUACAGUAACAGUAAGAUAAGGUACAGUAACAGUACAGCAGGAUAAGGCACAGUAACAGUAGGACAGGGUACAGUGUGGGUACAGCAGGAUAAGGUACAGUAACAGUACGGGAGGAUAAGGUACAGUAACAGUACAGUAGGAUACGGUACAGUAACAGUAGGAUAAGGUACUGUAACAGUACAGUAGGAAAAAGGUACAGUAACAGUAGGAUAAGGUACUGUAACAGUACAGCAGGACAAGGUACAGUAACAGUACAGCAGGAAACGGUAUUGUAACAGUACAGCAGGAUAAGGUAUUGUAACAGUACAGCAGGAUAAGGUACAGUAACAGUAUAGCAGGAUAAGAGACAGUAACAGUACAGCAGGGUAAGGUACAGUAACAGUACAGAAGGAUAAGGCACAGUAACAGUACAGCAGGAUAAGCUACAGUAACAGUACAGCAGGAUAAGGUAUAGUAACAGUACAGCAGGAUAAGGUACAGUAACAGUACAGCAGGAUAAGGCACUGUAACAUUACAGCAGGAUAAGGAACAGUAACAGUUUAGUAGGAUAAGGUACAGUAACAGUACAGCAGGAUAAGAUACAGUAACAGUGAAGUUGGAUAUGGUACGAUAACAGUAGAGUAUGGUACGGUAACAGUACAGCAGGAUAAGGUUCAGUAACAGUAGGAUAAGGUAUAGUAAUGUGCAGCAGGAUAAGGUACGAUAACAGUAGAGUAGGAUAAGGUACAGUAACAUUACAGCAUGAUAUGUGAAUGGCAACAGUAGGAUAAGGUACAGUAACAGUACAGCAGGAUAAUGUACAGUAACAGUACAGCGGGAUAAGGUAUAGUAACAGUACAGCAGGAUAUGGUCCAGUGACAUUACAGCAGGAUAAGGUACAGUAACAGUAUAGCAGGAUAAUGGACAGUAACAGUACAGUAGGAUAAGGCACUGUAACAGUAUAGCAGGAUAAGGCACUGUAACAGUACAGCAGGAUAAGGUACAGUAAAAGUACAGCAGGAUAAGGUACAGUAACAGUACAGCAGGAUAAGGUACAGUAACAGUAAGGAGGAGAAGGUAACAGUACAGCAGGAUAAGGUACAGUAACAGUACAGCAGGAUAGGCACUGUAACAGUACAGCAGGAUAAGGAAACAGGGAACAGCACAGCAGGAUAAAGUACAGUAACAGUACAGGAGGAUAAGGUAACAGUACAGCAGGAUAAGGUACAGUAACAGUACAGCAGGAUAAGGCACUGUAACAGUACAGCAGGAUAAUGGACAGGAACAGUACAGCAGGAUAAAGUACAGUAACAGUACAGCAGGAUAAGGUACAGUAACCAGUACAGCAGGAUAAGGUACAAACAACAGUACAGAAGGAUAAGGCACAGUAACAGUACAGCAGGAUUAAGGUACAACAACAGUACAGAGGAUAAUGGACAGGAAACAGUACAGCAGGAUAAAGUACAGUAACAGUACAGCAGGAUAAGGUACAGUAACUACAGCAGGAUAAGGUACAGUAAACAGUACAGCAGGAUAAGGUACAACAACAGUACAGAAGGAUAAAGGGACAGUACCAGUACAGCAGGAUAAGGCACAGUAAAAGUACAGCAGGAUAAGGUACAGUAACAGUACAGCAAAGGAUAUGGUUUCAGGAACAGCAGGAUAAGGUACAGUAACAGUACAGCAGGAUAAGGAACAGGAACAGCAGGGUAAGGUACAUCAACACAGGAUAAGGUACAGUAACAGUACGCGGGACAAGGGACAGUAACAGCAGUGACAGGUACAGCAACAGCAAUCAGGAUUUAAAGGUACAGCAACAGUAGGACAAGGUACAGUAACAGUACAGCGGAUAAGGUACAGUAACAGUACAGCAGGAUAAGGUACAGUAACAGUACAGCAGGAAACGGUAUUGUAACAGUACAGCGGAUAGGUAUUGUAACAGUACAGCAGAUAAGGUACAGUAACAGUAUAGCAGGAUAAGAGACAGUAACAGUACAGCAGGGUAAGGUACAGUAACAGUACAGAAGGAUAAGGCACAGUAACAGUACAGCAGGAUAAGCUACAGUAACAGUACAGCAGGAUAAGGUAUAGUAACAGUACAGCAGGAUAAGGUACAGUAACAGUACAGCAGGAUAAGGCACUGUAACAUUACAGCAGGAUAAGGAACAGUAACAGUUUAGUAGGAUAAGGUACAGUAACAGUACAGCAGGAUAAGAUACAGUAACAGUGAAGUUGGAUAUGGUACGAUAACAGUAGAGUAUGGUACGGUAACCGUACAGCAGGAUAAGGUUCAGUAACAGUAGGAUAAGGUAUAGUAAUGUGCAGCAGGAUAAGGUACGAUAACAGUAGAGUAGGAUAAGGUACAGUAACAUUACAGCAUGAUAUGUGAAUGGCAACAGUAGGAUAAGGUACAGUAACAGUACAGCAGGAUAAUGUACAGUAACAGUACAGCGGGAUAAGGUAUAGUAACAGUACAGCAGGAUAAGGUCCAGUGACAUUACAGCAGGAUAAGGUACAGUAACAGUAUAGCAGGAUAAUGGACAGUAACAGUACAGUAGGAUAAGGCACUGUAACAGUACAGCAGGAUAAGGCACUGUAACAGUACAGCAGGAUAAGGUACAGUAAAAGUACAGCAGGAUAAGGUACAGUAACAGUACAGCAGGAUAAGGUACAGUAACAGUACAGGAGGAUAAGGUAACAGUACAGCAGGAUAAGGUACAGUAACAGUACAGCAGGAUAAGGCACUGUAACAGUACAGCAGGAUAAGGAACAGGAACAGCACAGCAGGAUAAAGUACAGUAACAGUACAGGAGGAUAAGGUAACAGUACAGCAGGAUAAGGUACAGUAACAGUACAGCAGGAUAAGGCACUGUAACAGUACAGCAGGAUAAUGGACAUGAACAGUACAGCAGGAUAAAGUACAGUAACAGUACAGCAGGAUAAGGUACAGUAACAGUACAGCAGGAUAAGGUACAACAACAGUACAGAAGGAUAAGGCACAGUAACAGUACAGCAGGAUAAGGUACAACAACAGUACAGAAGGAUAAUGGACAGGAACAGUACAGCAGGAUAAAGUACAGUAACAGUACAGCAGGAUAAGGUACAGUAACUACAGCAGGAUAAGGUACAGUAACAGUACAGCAGGAUAAGGUACAACAACAGUACAGAAGGAUAAGGCACAGUACCAGUACAGCAGGAUAAGGCACAGUAACAGUACAGCAGGAUAAGGUACAGUAACAGUACAGCAGGAUAUGGUACAGGAACAGCAGGAUAAGGUACAGUAACAGUACAGCAGGAUAAGGAACAGGAACAGCAGGGUAAGGUACAUCAACAGCAGGAUAAGGUACAGUAACAGUACAGCGGGACAAGGUACAGUAACAGCAGGACAAGGUACAGCAACAGCACAUCAGGAUAAGGUACAGUAACAUCAGGAUAAGGUACAGUAACAGCAGGAUAAGGUACAGUAAGAGCACCCUGACACACUGAGCUCAAUUCACAGUUCACAGACCCAUAUGUAUGAAUCUGGGACAGUCUAUGGGCAGGUCUAUGGGCAGGUGGACAUCCAUGCUGGAUGGCUUACAAUAAGGCUUUUAUCAGAAUGUUACCAUUGCAUUGGGGCUGAUCUAAAACAUGGAACAUACAUCACCUCUUAUUAACUGUGUAUUAUAUGUUCUGUCUGUAGGUGUUUGACAUCUCUCCUCCAGGAGUGAGGAAGUGUAUCAUCUCUACCAACGUAGCAGAGACAUCAGUCACCAUCGACGGGGUGCGCUUCGUAGUCGACUCAGGUAAGGGAACCAAAGCACUAACUGGAACUACUGGGAGGAGCCAGGUAAAUCUCAUCAUUCUGUCAAUCCGGGAAAAACCAGACAAAAUCUUAUUUGAAGAUCUCACCUAUUCGGUCCAUGAACAGAACCGUGUUGCUGUGUGCUACUUUCACUGAAUCAAAUAGAACAUAACAAUGUGUUACGUCUGUAUGUGUCCUCCAGGCAAGGUGAAGGAGAUGAGUUUUGACCCGAAGGCUAAGAUGCAGCGUCUGCAGGAGUUCUGGAUCAGUCGAGCCAGUUCAGAGCAGAGGAAAGGCCGAGCAGGCAGGACAGGUCCGGGGGUGUGUUACCGGCUCUACUCUGAAUCUGACUACGAGGCCUUCGUACCUUACCCCGUCCCAGAGAUACACAGGGUGGCCCUGGACUCCCUCGUACUACAGGUAUUAUAACCCCUAACCCUUCGCACCUUACCCCGUCCCAGAGAUACACAGGGUGGCUCUGGACUCCCUCGUACUACAGGUAUUAUAACCCCUAACCCUUCGCACCUUACCCCGUCCCAGAGAUACACAGGGUGGCUCUGGACUCCCUCGUACUACAGGUAUUAUAACCCCUAACCCUUCGCACCUUACCCCGUCCCAGAGAUACACAGGGUGGCUCUGGACUCCCUCGUACUACAGGUAUUAUAACCCCUAACCCUUCGCACCUUACCCCGUCCCAGAGAUACACAGGGUGGCUCUGGACUCCCUCGUACUACAGGUGCUGAACGACUGAAAUCCCUCUAAACUUUUCUGGUUUUCUGUUCCCUAUAGUUACUUCUGCAUGCCAAAAGAUUCUGUACCUUUUUUAUCCUGCUGUACUGUUACUGUUCUCUGUCCUCACAGAUGAAGAGUAUGAGUCUGGGAGACCCGCGGUCCUUUGUGUUCAUCGACCCUCCUCCUGCGGCCAGCAUCCAGACUGCAGUAACCUACCUCAGGGAACAGGGGGCGCUAGACGCUAGAGGGGAACUCACCUCUAUAGGCAGCCUGCUGGCACAGCUACCUGUUGACGUGGUCAUAGGUACGUCCCUCUGAAAUACAGAGAUGUCACUGUUGAACUGUUGUGACUGCUGCCAUCCUGUACUGUCUCCCCUGAAUAGGGCCAUGAGGUUUUCCUGACCACAUGACAUGAGCAGAGAAAACCUCCAGGCCCUAGUUAUAUUCUAUUUAUAAACCAGGAGCCCUAACCCAUAAAUCUGUGUGUGUGUGCAUGUCAGAUCUGGGUUCAAAUACAUUUGUUAUUUAAAUACUUAUUUUCUGUGUAUUUAAAGUAUUUUCAAAUAAUGUGGCCCGAAUCAUCUAAUGCUAUUGGAAGUAUUUGAAAGUAUUUUCAAAUAAUUUCCUAUAAAUAACCUACUCUAUGAAAAUACUUUCUAAUACUUAUUUCAAAUACCUGGGUUAAAUGUAUGGGAGUGUAUUUGAGUCAGUGUAUUUGAGUCAGUGUAUUUCCAGAUACGUUCCAAUAUUCAACUACUCGUCUUUUAAAUACAAAAUAUCUGAAUACUUACUUCCAAUGUAUGUGAAAGUAAUCGAGAUAUUUGAAAUAGUAUUUGAACCCAGGUCUGGCAUGUGUGUGUCCAGGUAAGAUGCUGGCGUCAGUGUUUAACUUGGUGGAGCCGGUCCUGACCCUUAACCCCUGACCCUUAACCCCUGACCCUUAACCCCUGACCCUUAACCCCUGACCUCUGUGUGUCCAGGUAAGAUGCUGGCCUUACGCCAAGCCCCUGACCCCAGAACCCCUCCCCUCUAACACCCUGAACCUCUAACCCCUGACUCUAACCCCUGUCAACCCUUAACCUUACUGUACCUUAACCCUGACACUAACCAUUAACCUGACAGCUACUUAAACCCUGAUCUAACUGCACCAACCUGAACUGUAACCCUGACCUCUAAUCCAUGUCCGGUGUAAACCCCUGACCUCAACCCGUGACCUUAAACCCCGACUCUGACCUGACUCGUGUGUCCAGGUAAGAUGCUGGUGCUGGGAUCAGUGUUUAACUUGGUGGAGCCGGUGCGAGGUGGUCUGCGUGCCAUCAGGUCAGUCCGCCAUUUAUUCCGCAUCGGUCCGAACAAACCACCGGAAUGUGCCAAGCACGUAGCCUGCACUCCAACCAGGGAGACCCCUUCACCCUGCUCAACACCUUCAACGCCUUGGUGCAGGUCAGCCAAUCAGGACACAGAAAAUCUUUAGUCACCCUCUGUGCAAAGCCACUUGCAGGUGGCCGGAUGGGUGGAGUAUGUAUGCAGGGGGUUCCGGAUUGUGAGUAUGUACUGCAGGUGUCCGGAUGGUUAGAGUAUUGUACUGAGGUGUCCGGGAUGGUGGAGUAUGUACCGGCAGGGGUACGGAUGGUUAGAGUAUGUACUGCAGGUGUCCCGGAGUGGUUAUGAGUAUGUACUGCAGUGUCUGGAUGGUAGAGGAUGUACUGCAGGUGUCAGGAUGGUGGAGUAUGUACUGCAGGUGUCCGGGUGGUAGAGUAUGUACUGCAGGUGUCCGGAUGGUAGAGUAUGUACUGCAGGUGUCCGGAUGGUAGAGUAUGUACUGCAGGUGUCCGGAUGGUGGAGUAUGUACUGCAGGUGUCCGGAUGGUAGAGUAUGUACUGCAGGUGUCGGAUGGGUAGAGUAUGUCGCACGGUGUCCGGAUGGUGGAGAUGUACAUGCAGGGGUCCGGAUGGUUAGAAGUAUGUCAUGCAGGGUGUCCGGAUGGUAGAGUAUGUACUGCAGGUGUCCGGAUGGUAGAGUAUGUACGGCAGGGGUCCGGAUGUCGAGUAGAGUAGUCUGCAGGGUGUCCAGGAUGGAUAGAGUAUGUUAUGAAGGUGUCCGGAGGGGGGAGUAUUGACUGCAGGGUGUUCCAGAGAUGGUAAUGGGUAUUUAUUGACUGUCUCCUCCAGGUGAAGGGAGAGCGGGGCGGUGCCAGCAGGAAGUGGUGCCGGAGGAGAGGACUGGAGGAACAGAGACUUUAUGAGAUGGUCAACCUACGAAGACAGUUCAAGGUAGGACAGACGCACCACACCUGAGACUAGUAUGUCAUAAACGUGUGUCUAUUUUGUAUGUUCUCCCCCCCCCAUCUUCUCUGUGGUCAUUCGAGUCAGAUCAGUUGUCCGUCGCAGAGAGAUUGCUAGAGAUCACUACUUGAAAAUAUCCUGUUUUUUUACGUUGCCAUUGAGAACGCUCACCAUUUUGAAGUAGUUCAUGAAGGAUCACAUAAUUCCAUCCAGGUCAUCAGGCGCGAUCAGCCAAUGAAUUAUACCUGGGAGUAAACAUUCAAUAACUGCAGGUGGCAGUAAAUCACCAACCUUGGCUUUAUACCUGUUCAGAAAACACAAUCCAGGUGGCAGUACAUCCAAACAAGGCAGGAAACCACAUGUUGACUCUGUUCUAUUCAGCCAUUACAAUGAGCCCGUCCUCCUAUAGCUCCUCCCACCAGCCUCCUCUGAUAUGUGCGUACACAUGCAGACCGUACUUGCUACAAAAGUUACAGAAACCAACAACUACACAAACUGAAAUUGGGUACAUUGUAAAUGCAGUUAGCUAGCAUUGAUUUGUUUUUGCGGAGACAUCUUUUUUGGGAGCAUCUGAUGAUGACCUAACGUGGUGAGGGGAUGAACUGUUGCAGUCAUGACGCAAGUGGCGCUAUGAUUUCAAAUCCUCCCACAUGUUUCUAGUUUUACCAGCUGUUUUCAGCAACUGGUAUUUUAUUUAUUUUGGGUUGUCAUAUUGGCAGGUUUGCUAGCAACAAACUAUUUAGCUAGCUUCUAGUGUUUAAUAUGCGAUCUCCUCGUAAUUAACAGGCCAUGUUGACGAGUAUCCUGACGAGAAGGAAAACCUUUCUAGCUCGGGCAUUAUCAGCUCAUUGUUAUGGAUGUAUCCAAAUGAAUGUCUGGCUGCAGAGGUCGUGACUGUGUUAGCCGUAGUUCUACAUAAAUAUCGAACUAAUCGAACGAACGACUGGGUCGCGUCUCUAGCAACCAAAAGAUGAGAAAGUACGAAUUUGUGUAUAUAAAUUAAUUUAUACAACGGGUGGGUCUAAUCCUGAAUGCGGAUUUGUUUAAAACCGCAUUCAAAUCAAAUCCAAAUGUAUUUGCCACAUGCGCCGAAUACAACAGGUGCAGACAUUACCGUGAAAUGGUUGCUUACAGCCCUUAACCAACAAUGCAUUUAUUUCUUAAUAAAAAAGUAAAAUAUAACAACAACAACAACAAAAAAGUGUUGAGAAAAAAAGAGCAGAAGUAAAAUAAAAUAACAGUAGGGAGGCUAUAUACAGGGGGGUACCGGUGCAGAGUCAAUGUGCGGGGGCACCGGCUAGUUGAGGUAGUUGAGGUAAUAUGUACAUGUGGGUAGAGUUAAAGUGACUAUGCAUAAAUAAUUAACAGAGUAGCAGCAGCGUAAAAAGAUGGGGUGGGGCUGCAAAUAGUCCGGGUAGCCAUGAUUAGCUGUUAAGGAGUCUUAUGGCUUGGGGGUAGAAGCUGUUGAGAAGUCUUUUGGCGCUCCGGUACCGCUUGCAGUGCGGUAGCAGAGAUAACAGUCUAUGACUAGGGUGGCUGGAGUCUUUGACAAUUUUGAGGGCCUUCCUCUGACACCGCCUGGUAAAGAGGUCCUGGAUGGCAGGAAGCUUGGCCCCAGUGAUGUACUGGGCCGUACGCACUACCCUCUGUAGAGCCUUGCGGUCGGAGGCCGAGCAGUUGCCAUACCAGGCGGUGAUGCAACCAGUCAGGAUGCUCUCGAUGGUGCAGCUGAAUAACUUUUUGAAGAUCUGAGGACCCAUGCCAAAUCUUUUCAGUCUCCUGAGGGGGAAUAGGCUUUGUCGUGCCCUCUUCAUGACUGUCUUGGUGUGUUUGGACCAUGAUAGUUCGUUGGUGAUGUGGACACCAAGGAACUUGAAGCUCUCAACCUGUUCCACUACAGCCCCAUCGAUGAGAAUGGGGGCGUGCUCAGUCCUCUUUUUUUUCCUGUAGUCCACAAUCAUCUCCUUUGUCUUGAUCACGUUGAGGGAGAGGUUGUUGUCCUGGCACCACACGGCCAGGUCUCUGACCUCCUCCCUAUAGGCUGUCUCGUCACUGUCGGUGAUUAUGCCUACCACUGUUGUGUCGUCGGCAAACUUAAUGAUGGUGUUGGAGUCGUGCCUGGCCAUGCAGUCAUGGGUGAACAGGGAGUACAGGAGGGGACUGAGCACGCACCCCUGAGGGGUCCCCGUGUUGAGGAUCAGCGUGGCAGAUGUGUUGUUACCUACCCUUACCACCUGGGGGCGGCCCGUCAGGAAGUCCAGGAUCCAGUUGCAGAGGGAGGUGUGUAGUCCCAGGAUCCUUAGCUUAGUGAUGAGCUUUAGGGCACUAUGGUGUUGAACGCUGAGCUGUAGUCAAUGAAUAGCAUUCUCAUGUAGGUGUUCCUCUUGUCCAGGUGGGAAAGGGCAGUGUGGAGUGCAAUAGAGAUUGCAUCAUCUUUGGAUCUGUUGGGGCGGUAUGCAAAUUAGCGAGUGCUACGGGUCAGUAGUCAUUUAGGCAGGUUACCUUAGUUACCUUAGUGUUCUUGGGCACAGGGACUAUGGUGGUCUGCUUGAAACGUUGGUAUUACAGACUCAGUCAGGGACAGGUUGAAAAUGUCAGUGAAGACACUUGCCAGUUAGUCAUUCCAGCUGGUGUCUAUUCCACAAGUUACCACCGGCUAAAUCUAUUAUGUUAAAAUGCCUAUUUACUCUGUUCCAUCUAACUGCACAAUCCACUGUCUCAUCAGCCCAGCCAGGCAAUUUAUAAACUUGAUCGCCACAAUAAAAAGCAUCUAGACAUUAUCUCACAUUUCUUUUAAACUAACAUUUAGUUUUCAACAGCGGAUAUUUAUAUAAACCUUGCUGUCUGUCUCUACGACAUUUGCAACAUUGUUUCAAUAUUCAAAUUCGAUCUCCAGCUGUAAAGUUUAAACUAGCUGCACUUCAUUUCGUUUGACCUUUUUUCAAUUGACAUUUCUUUGUAUAUAUCCAUAAAAAUGAUACCAGCUGAUUCAUGAUUUCGACUGGCUGAGAAACGUUGCCUGCCUGUCUGUCUCGUCCCGACUCCCAACACGUUCAUUACUAUGGGACAGCUGGAGAUCGAAUUUGAAUAUUGAAACAAUGUUGCAAAUGAGAGACAGACAACAAGGUUUAUACAAAUCUCUGAAAACUAAAUGUUAGUCUAAAAGAAAUGUGAGAAUGUCUAGAAUCUCUUUAUAGUGGAGAUCAAGUUUAUAACUUGCCUGUCUGGGCUGAUGAGACAGUGGAUUGGGCAGUCAGAUGGAACAGAGUAAAUUGGCAUUUUAACAUAAUAGAUUUAGCCGGUGGUAACUUGUGGAAUAGUUACCAGCUGGAAUCGGUUUUAACCAAUCAGCAUUCAGGUUUAGACCGACCCGUUGUAUAACUGGCAACAAGCAAGGGAUAAGAAUGUUGCAUGGCAACGGUAUAUAAAGAACGAAGGACUGGGUCGCGUAUGUAAAUAUCGAACUAAACGAACGAACGACUUGGUCGCGUCUCUAGCAACCAAAAUAUGAAAAAGUAUGAAUUCGCUGAUAGAAAUGGAAAUAUCAACGAAAAUAAUUAUCUCUACUGGUACGUGUGCUUUCAUAUUGUUUUCUUUGGCAACUCGGGUCCGCUGCGUCGUCUAUUAUUUCCAAGGAAAUGUACAGAAAGUCGGCGUUUAUCCCCUUACGUGUUCCCUGCCUGGUGUGUGGUAACAGGAGCUGUUGCGUAGCCAUGGUCUGUUGGAGGUGCUGGAGGAGAGGGCUCCCUCUGGUGGCGAGCGCGGGAAGCGCAGGGAGAGGUUGACCGAGAGGAGGAAGUUACACCAGCUGAAGAGAGAGCAUGACCUGGCAGAGGGCGGCAGGAGGAAGGUCCUAAGACUAGAGGAGGGCCAGGACGGGGAUGGGGAUUCGGGGUCGGACACAGAGCAGGGCACGACGGGACGGGACGGGAAGGACAAGGAGCAGACAGGGGGACACAACCUGGACAUACAGGUGAGGAGGACAUCACUGUGGACGGAGCCAUGGCAACAGACCAGUUGGUUACACUGUCAAAUGACCUUCAUUAAUAAGAUAAAUGCUUGAAUGAUAUUGUCUAUAAAUGCAUAUGAAUUGUAAUCCUUACAAAUGUUUAUACCACUUAUAGAUAUUAAAACAUAUCUGUAAUAUCUGUCUUGAACCCGCCCCUACAGGAAGUGAAGUUCAAGCUUCGCCACAACGUGUCAGAGCUCCAGGAAGCGGCGUCGGCCAGCCAGGACCUGUCGUCAAGGCAACAAGCCCUUCUGAAGCUGCUGCUUUGUCGAGGCCUUUACCCCCAGCUGGCACUGCCAGACGAACACAACGCCAACCGCAAGGACUCAGAACAGGUGUGUGAGCGUGUGUGAACGGGAGUGUAUGUGUGAGCGUGUGAGUGAUGAUAAUGGCCCUGUCUCCUAUAGGUGUUCCACACCCGUAACAAGCAGGGGGUAGUGAUCCACCCCACCAGUGUGUUUGCCAGCGACCCAGAGGUGCUGCACGUCCCUGAGGAGGGGAACAGAGAGGGACCUGAUAAGGGGGAGAGCAGCAGACACCAGCUCCUAGCCUUCGUUACUCUACUAGAGACCAACAAGCCUUAUGUAUCCAACUGUGUCAGAGUCCCAGCCCUGCAGGUCAGUACUGUGUCAGUCCCAGCCCUGCAGGUCAGUACUGUGUCAGUCCCAGCCCUGCAGGUCAGUACUGGGUCAGUCCCAGCCCUACAGGUCAGUACUGUGUCAGAGUCCCAGCCCUGCAGGUCAGUACUGUGUCAGUCCCAGCCCUGCAGGUCAGUACUGUGUCAGUCCCAGCCCUGCAGGUCAGUACUGUGUCAGUCCCAGCCCUGCAGGUCAGUACUGUGUCAGUCCCAGCCCUGCAGGUCAGUACUGUGUCAGUCUCUCUGCAGCUAUUGUGCUCGAUGCCUGACAAAGAUCCACCUUUAG